AUGGAAGGUGAGCUAUAUGGUUACCACAGAGGACGCAACCAAGCAGGGAUCUAUGGCGCUUCAACUUCUAAAUGCAAGGUAGAUGUUGAAAUCGAUUUAAGCAACAUUCCGACCUUGCUGCUGAUACAUGUUGUGAAGGACCAAAGAUGCUGGACCGCCAAGUGGAGAGGUCUUGAGGAAAAGAAACGAGAAUACAAAGAUGCUGGACUGCCAAGUGGAGAGGUCUUGAGGAAAAGAAACGAGAAUUUAAAUUUGGGAUGCUUCAGCACCACUGCAGAAAGCUGCGGAUGCACACGUAUCGCUCUGAAUCAUCAAACAAGGAGUAAAAGCAGGGAUUGUUACGAAAGCCAAUUGGAAGACUCCCGAAAAGAUUCGCGAGGACAGAAAGGCUGCACAGCUAAACCACAAGGCACGCUUCUUCAGAGUGGACAUACUGUUGCUCAUAUCAUAUUACUAGCCCAAUUUUGGGGAAAUCAUAAUGGAAAUGUUGGAGAGAAAGCAAGCCAAAGAUGUGAUGCUGCAGUUGCUGACAUUAUUGACAUGUGUUAA